AUGGUUAAGAAAAAUCAUAUGAAUAGUCAAUAUUCCGAGAAGCCACCUCUCUCUCUCUCUCUCUCUCUCUCUACACGUUCACACGCGUACAACUCGUUUCUUUCUCGGACGCGUUCAUUUCCAGACUCAAACUCGAUCGAUCAGAUCGCCGGUGGAAGCAGCACUGUGCACGGUGUAUGACGAGCGCUUCGGAGCUCUUCUACAACAGGAGGUCUCGUUUGGGCCGUGCCACCGCCCCCGUCGAAGGCCUAGGGUUGGAUUCCUCUCCCCACCAACGGACUUUUCACCACAAGUGCAACCGUCGCCACCACAACACCAAUCACAACCAAAGUCACGGUCACGAUCACAGUCCUCACCAUCGCCAUGACGUGGACGGCUCCGAUCCACUUGCCGGGCCUUUGCACGUCGCGCAUUCGCGCCAUCGCGCUUCUCAUCCGGAGCGUGAAUCAGUUUCACUCAGCCGUGGCGGCAGCCACUGUGGCUCUGGAAACAGUAGUAGUACAGGAACUGUGAGCAGGAUAAACAAUCAGCUUGGACUCACUCAGAAUGGGAGGCUUCCUGGAUCUGUGCUACUUGCAAGGGAAAGGCUUCUUGAAAGAUUGAGAGGUGUAUCCCUUUCUGGAAACAGGCGAAGCAGCAGAGCUUCAUUGAGCAUCUAUCGGCAUGAACAGACCAGCGACGACUUCAGCCUCAUUAAUACAGGAGACUGGGAUACUGAAAGUUCGAUGGUGCAGUCUGCUGGAGGCUUUCGUUUUAUCGAUAGAAAUCUUCAGGGAGACCAGCUGCCAUUUUUGCAUGAGCCCAGCAACAAGAAGCCACCAGGACUGACUCAAGAGGCCCUGAACUGUUUGAAGGUGGAGGUUUUUAGCUGUAGGGGUAAAGACAUUGAAGGGCCAACGUCUAGAGCAUGGCGGGAGUGCAGUGUAUGCCUGGACAGUUUUGGCGAAGGAGAUGAACUGAUAUGCCUGCCAUGUGCGCAUAGGUUCCACUCGGCCUGCUUGGCUCCCUGGCUUAGAACAUGUGGAGACUGCCCCUACUGUCGCAGGGUAAUAGUGUACAGGUAGGUAGGUAUGAGGAGAGACAGAGAGUCCUUCGUGAACUCUUGUAACUUCCAGCUGUAGUAGUAUCAUGGCAAUGGAUUCGGUCAUUGUGACACAUGCUUUGUAGCUUAACCUACACCUGUUGUAUUGUGGUGUUGACCAAAUUCCUCACCCUCUUCUCCCACUACUACUAAGUAGUAAGUGCUCAAAUAAGCAUGAGAAGUUUAUGACA